GCACCCGUGUUUGUGUUUGUGUUUUUGAUGAGCUGUUUGGCUUACGCCCCAAGCGACAAACAACUGUUGCCACCUCCUUGGCGCCGUUAUCUUCUUUUCCCUUCUUCUCCCCUCUCCUUGCUGCGUCUCUGAGACUGGAUGACACAAACACAGUGUUGAAGUGAGCACCUCCUUCAGCGCCGAAGAUUGUCAGCGUCCCCCUCUGUCCACGCACGCGCGCGUGCGACUCAAAGACGCCCAUCCAGCAGCACAUGCGGUGGCGCUCCUCGAGACUCAUCAGGAUGUCGGCUCGCCACCUCGCAGCUGCGUUGGUUCUUGUCGCCGCUGUUCUGUGGAGCGCGGCGAUAAGUUGCCAAGCCACCGAGGAAACCUGCAAUGACCAAUCGGUGCUGCUGCAGAUUGAGGGCCUCUUCAAUGAAAUGGACUCCGACAACUCCACGACCAUCGUGUCAGCAGAAUACACGGCAUAUUGCGCCUCUGAUAUCAACGGCACUUGCCCCAACAUCUCUUUGGCCUUUUCUUUUGACACCGACGGCAGCGCGUCGUUGGACCCGCACGAGUUCCGCACGCUGGUGUGCUCUCUGCUGUUGAAUGGAACGGACAUUGCUGCCAACGCAACGACGACGUCGGCACCACCCACAUCAGGCGCCCUCUCCACCACCGCCACGACCAGCACCUGCCCGUUUGGUGGCUGUGGCGUAGGAGUGUGCGAGGAAGGCCGGUGCGUGUGCCCGUCAACGCACACGGGCGACGCGUGCGAGUUUGAGCUGUGCGCGGACACCCCUGGCGACUGCAUCAACGGUGGCGAGUGCAUCCAGCACAGCUUCGGCGGCCAGCAGACCCAGGAGUGCCUGUGCCCUUCCAAUGCGUGGGGUUGGACGUGCGAGUAUGUGGAGUGCGACCAAGGCAUGUACCGCAACACAAACACGGACACGUGCGAGAACAUCACGGCGUGCGCGUACCCGGCGCAGUACGAGGCACAGCCAGCCACGCGCUCCACGGACGCCAUCUGCCUGGCCGUGUCUCCCGCGUGCGACUUUCCAAACACAUAUGAGGCGCAGGCGCCGAGCGAAACGCAGGACCGCGCGUGCUAUCCCGUCAUGCCGUGCUUUCCAGGGCAGGUGGAGGUGCAGCCACCAACGCCAACCAGCAACCGCGUUUGCCAGUACACCACGACCACCACAAGUUCCACCACGAUUGCGACAACGACAACAACCAGCAGCAGCAGCAGCAGCAGCACCACCACCACCACCACCUCAACCAACUCCACGUCCACAACAACAACAACAACAACAACAACAACCACAAGUUCCACCACCAGCACCACCACCAGCAGUGCGAGCUCGACUGCGUCGUGUGCGGGCGUGACGUGCCUCAAUGGCGGCCGCUGCCGUGCUGGCAGGUGCGUGUGUGCGUCUGGGUGGGUUGGGGCCGCGUGCGAAGCGUCGGCCAACACCGCUGUCGUCAAUUCCCGCGGCAACAUCACCGACCUUAACCGCAUCUACCGCCUCUCAAACCAGGAGGCAACGCUUAUCAACCCCUGGCACGCCUGCGCCAACCAGACCUGCCGCACCGUGUUCGCUGACGGCGUGUGCGACCCCUCGUGCAACACCGCCGCGUGUGUGUUUGACGGCGACGACUGCGUGGCCAUCGCCCCCAUCUGCAAGCAGGUGGCGGCCGGCACAUGCACGUUUGGUGGCGACGCGUGCAACCCGGCGUGCGCAACCUCCGAGUGCCUCUGGGACAACAACGGCUGCGGCACGUGGGAUACAGGCGACAACAGCCUGGCUUACACACUGCGCCUGUUUCUGGACCUUGAGCUGUCUGUGUUCACAGGCCGCGUGCAGAGCACGUUUGCAUAUCGCCUCUCCCAACGGCUCGACGGGUUUGUCACCUUUGCCGCUGUUCGCCAAGCCGUCAUGUUUGGUCCAUCAUCGUCGCCAUCAUCAGCAGCAUCUGCCGCAGCAUCGUCGUUGUCGUCGUCGCCGUCAUUGCUGAGUGCCUCCUCCGCCAUCGCCAACCGUCCAUGGCGGGCGCGGCGCGAGGGCGAUGUUGCGUCGCGUCCAGUGCUCCAAGUUGACGCCACCAUCACCCCGCGCUGCAGCGUCAGGUGCAUCACCUCCUCGCAGGCCGCCGCAGGAUAUGUCAACGCCAUUGUCGCCGCUGGGGCGUCCUCGUCUGAUCUUGGUGUCCCCGUGCUCCGUGCACAGGCAACGACAUCGGGCAAUGGCGGUGACGGUGGCAGUGGUGGCAGCGUGAGCGUGUCGCCUGCGGGCGCAGCCACCAUCGCGGGUGUGUGUUUGCUUGCACUGGGUGUGCUGGUUGUGAUUGGCGUUGUUGGCAAAGGAGCCAAGCGACGAGUGACGAUUGAAGCCAUUGAGCUGCAUGAGGGUGGCGCACACACCAGCCCGCCACCGCCACCGCCACAAGUUGAUGAUGCUGCGGCGUGGAGCGAUGGAGGACCGCUCCCGGCCAAGCGAGCACGCCACCACCACCACCAGCAGCAGUACGAAGACAGCCCGCAGUUCAGUGGCAGGAUGGCGACGGCUGUGUCGUCAUCGUCGUCGCGUCUGCUGGCGAUGCGCGGAGAUGACGACUUUGACCCCAACAUGGACCAUGCUGCUUAUCCCCGUUUUAAGAGCAGCACCAACACCAACAGCAGCGUCACGUCACCACAACACCAGCACCAGCACCACCAGCACCAACACCAGCAGCCCGAGUACCAGCCGCUGCCGCGGCGCCGCAGCUCUUCGGUGUCGUCGUCGUCGUCGGUGGCUGCUCUGAUCCGCACGCUGAGUAGGAGCGCCAGCACCUCUGCAAAGGUCUGGCCCGCGCCCCAGCCACCAGCAUACACCGAGCACGAUCCACACCAGCAGCAGCAGCAACAACGCCAACAACAGCACCAACAGCACCUGCAACAGCACCAACAAGACCAGCAUCAGCAUCAUCAGCAGCACUUGGCCCGUGGUGAUGACGCCCUGUUCUCGCAUAUGGGGGCGAUUGGUGAGGAGCAGGACGAUGAUGGCUGUGGUGGUGGUGAGACGGCGCUGGACGCGUUUAUCAACUCACAGGCACAAGGAGAAUGCAGCACAACCACGGGCACCACUCAUCACAGCGACAGCAGCAUCCCUGGCACGACUGACACGUGGAUGGGCAGCGAGCACGCCAGUAUGGCGAACAGCCCUGCGGAGAGCGCGUGCACGGGGUCGAGUGUGCACGGCAGCGCCAUGGCCACCAACCCGCUGCUGCUGGACAACGACGCGCUGGACUUUGCAGUGUUCUCAUCGGAUGCUCAUGCACUGAUGCACAGCGACCACCAGCACGGCGCUUACGACGACGCACACAACGUCCGCUUUGAUCGCCAUCACCAUAAGCCGCGGCCCGUGCUCUCGCCCAUUGUUGGCGACGUUGAUCUUGACCAGCAGCAGCGGUAUGGGUGGCAGUCUGAUGGUGCUGAUCACGCGGGACCCGUGCCCGUGAUCGGUGUUGGCGAUGGCGACGUUGGUGGCGACGAUGCGUUGCGCCCUGCACCGCUGUGGUCGCCUCACACCACAGCAGCACCACCGCCGCCGCCGCCCAUGAUGGCGCUGCAUGGCGACGACGACGGCGCGAUCACCAAUGACGAGGACUUGAUCCGCGCGUGUGCACGGGACUUGGCGGCGGCGCGGCGGUCUGCAAACAUCGGGGUUGUUGUUGCCAACACGCACGCGCGCGCAGCUGGCAGCGUUGCUGACCCACAACAACAACAGCAGCAGCCAGACGUGCACGUGCACCCCUCGCGUUACUUACACCUGCAGAUGACCGGCGACGGCAGCUCUUUGUCGCUGGAGCAGCUGUGCACAGACAUCACACCCGUCCUGCCGCGCCGUGCUAUUCCGGCACGCAGCGAGCGGCAGCACAGCACCCAGCGGUACGAGCAAGGCAGUGACGCUGUUGGCCCUGCUGUGUCUCAUGCACAGCAACACGAGUCAUCGUCAUUAUCACCACUUGUGCGUGGUGGGGAGUGGUCAUCGCCGGGCAGUUCGCCGGGUGACGGCAGCACGACCGCCAGCACCACACCGCCACAGGGCCAUACGCCGCGCUCACAUGCUGACGAUGAUGACAACGACGAUGACAACGACGACAUUGCUCAUGAUGGCGACACGAGUGGCGGUUCUAGUGCACAGGGUCACGUGCACGCUCACGCCAGCCCGCGCGAAUCGCACCAGCCACCGCGCACCGCUGCGCCGGCCGUGCCCUGCGCGCCCGCUUCAUCUCCCCUGGCGCGGGCAUGCACAACAGCGUCUCCAACGUCACAACUUCCGCCACCACAGGAGCAGCAGCAGCAACAGCAGCAGCAACAGCAGUCGUUGUGGAGUGCUGAUGAUGCGCGCAAUGAACAGCGGGAGCUGUUGGCCGCAUGUGCGUCUGCGAGCGCUGUGGAACGCGGUGCCAUCUUCACUGCCCUCUUGCAACUCGAGUCGGCAGCAUCAUUAUCCUCAUCACCAUCAUCAUCGUCGUCGCCGUCGUCAGCAUCGCCAUCAGCGCGUGGAGCGAUCGCGAUCGCGACCACGAACACAACGCCGUCGUCGUCGUCCGCGCCCUCUCCGCAACAGAUCGGCGACGACGAACCCACAGCCCGUGGUGGUGAUCGUGGUGAUGGCCCUCGUGCUGGUGAUGGUGCGGGUGUGCGCGCGUUCCUGCGUGCCAUUCCCUCCGGCGAGCUGCUGUGCGUGGCCGGCCCCCGUGGCGAGACGCUGCUACACAUGGCGUGCGAGGCGCAGUGCAUGCCUGCGGUGCGUGUGCUGCUUGCGGAUGCGGUGCGAGCGUCGGCGCUGCUUGCGACGAGAGAUGACGACGGCCGCACGCCGCUGCACAUUGCCGCGUCCGUCGGCUUUGAGCCCGGUGUCGAGGCCAUCCUCAGCCUCAGGACCCCGCAGCCCAGGCCCGGUGCUGCUCGUGGCGCCCGCGGUGCUCGUGGUGGUGUUCACAGCAGGGAUGGCAACAAGGGGCAGCGAGGUGGGCCAUCAGCUGAUGUUGAUGUUGAUGUUGAAGUUGACGUUGAUGCUGCGGACAGCACCGGUGCGUCGCCGCUGAUUGCGUGUGUGCGGCAGCGCCAGUUGCGGUGUGCCAAGCUGCUGCUGCGGGCGGGCUCGAACCCGGACCAUCGCGACGUGCGCGGGUGGGCGGCCGUGCACUGGGCGGCCGUGCAGAACGACGCGAGCGGCGUGAAGCUGCUGUUGGCGUACCGUGGCGACAUCAACAUCAAGACCAACAACAGCCAGACGCCGCUGCACCUUGCCACGCGCGAGGGCAACGUGAAGGUGGUGCAGCUGCUGUUGAGCAGAUUUGCCAAGCGGCACGUGGAGGACGCGUUUGGGCAGACGCCCGCGGGCCUGGCGCGCGAAAUGAAGGACACAGCUGUUUUGCAGGCGUUUUCGUCCACCACCUCUGUGUCUGGUCGUGGUGGCCAGGCCCUGCGCAGCAAGCGGCCCGCUGCCCCCAAGAUGCCGCUGCUGCGACGCGGCAGUGGCGGCGGCAGCACAGCGUGAUGCCAGCGUGUUUGUAUGUAUGCGUGCGUAUGUGUUUGGAAGCGUGUGCGAAUAUGGUUGACGAUUGUAUGUGUGUGCACGUAUGUUUGACGUGUUGGCAUUUGUGGAAGUGUUGUUUUUUGAAGUGAUGUGUUUGUUGGGUUGGUUCUGACAGCGUGUGCACAGUGACUGUGUAUGUGCAAGAGCUGGUGUUCCGGGGGGGGGGGUUGUUCAGUGCUCUUUCUUGCGGUAGCUAUCUUGGGUGGUUUGUUGGAUUGCGGUAUUCUUAUGCAGCAGUGGUGGAGAUGACAUGGUGUUCUGCUUCUUUAUUUGACGUCUUAACUGAUGAAUGAACACGAUGACAUGAAA